CGCCCAAGGCGCCUAAGACCAGGUCACAGUGACUGUUUUCUAACCAAUCGCUGGAUGAGCUAGGCUGAUUUUUGAUACUACGAGUCCAUCUACGCCGCUUGCCCGCCCGCCUGCCCCUGCAGAGAGUGCCUUGCGUUGCUCGCUACGCCCCUUACAGUCAUUUCCACAAUAGAUGCGGUAUUAAUGCAGGUUCCUUAUUCUUAGGCAACCAUGUCGACCGCAACAUAUAAAGCGACGCCGCUCAGUCUGGGGAGAGGAUUACUCGUUCAGACUCCUCGUAGUUAGAGAAGUUACUAGAUCGCCACUUCACAAUGGCGUCUUCUUGCAGCAUCUCUUUAUUAGCCCCUUCGUUUCCUAUAAAAAUUGUUCCUUACGAUCCUUUAGCGCCCAAGCCCAACCCGAAAUCCAAGAGCAAAGCAAAGGCGAAAAUCAAGACAGCCGAGCACAACCAUUCCGAAACCGUCUCCUUUAAAGACCGUGGAGAGUGGUUUGAUAUCGACGAUUUCCCAAUGCCAGAUUCCAAUGCAUCGCUCUCUCUUAAUCCAGGAGUGCACCCUCGGUUCGAAGUUGCAGUCCCUUCCGGCUCGCCACAUCAAGAUGUCGUCGGUGGAGUUGGCGCUGCCUUCUUACCGGACGAGCCAGAGCACUGCCAGUCCGGCCAGGAAUCACUUGACGAUGGAGGGACAGGCAACGCUACUGAUGUCACGAAGACGAAUUCGGCUACAAACGAGUUGCUUGGACGCAGCCCAGAAUUUCCAUUAAAUUUAGAGGGUGACGUAGCCGAAGAUCACAGUAUAAUGCACGUUGAGCCCAGCGACAGAGCGUCAGACUACCAAGCGAACGGUUACAACGAGGCUGCUGGCACUGAAGGAUACCAUGCCAUACAGUAUAGCGAUCCCGACACAGUUGGCAUGCGCGCUCUCUCCGUAGAGGAUAUGGAAGUUGUGCGUCAUAGUGAGUAAUAUCCUAGUAGAAUUAAGGAGCCCAUUUUGACGUCUUCAAAGAGAGACCACCAGCCGAGGAUGAACCACUCUUUAGCGAUAUUGGCGUAACAAGCGGACCGCCAAUAAUACGCAAACGAACGCACUCUUUAUC